AUGGCAUCCAAAUACACAGAACAAAACGCAGACAAGGUCAAACAAGCCCACUCGACCCUCUACGAUGCCGGUCUAGAAAUGCGCAACAAAGUCGCCGGAAAGGAAUACGUCGACCGCGCCCUCGCAAACGCGACUUCCGAGUUCGCAAAACCCAUGCAAGAGAAGAUGAAUAGCNUAGCGACAGAAGCAGCUUGGGGGACCAUCUGGACACGACCGGGGCUGGAUCUCAAGACUAGGAGUUUGCUCAAUAUUGCCAUGUUGUGUGCUUUGAAUCGUGGGCCUGAGUUGGCUGUUCACACCCGAGGAGCAUUGAACAAUGGAGCUUCGGAAGUUGAGAUUAGAGAGGUCAUCUUGCAGGCGGCGGUUUAUGCCGGUAUGCCUGCUGGAAUGGAAGGCACAAAAGUUGCUGAGAAGGCUAUCAACGAAUGGAAGGAGAAGCAAUAA